CAAAACCUGCUCUCCUUUUUUUUCAACAGCCUCGUGUGUUUUGUUCCAGCCAAUAUUAAGAGGAUGAUGACGGACAGGCAGCGCGUGAGGCAAUGCGACAUUGAGGUCAUGAAGAUGGCCAUGCUCAAGCACGAAGAAACCUUCAGGCAGCAGGUCCACGAGCUACACCGCCUGUACCGUAUACAGAGGGAGCUGAUGAUGACGACGAGUGACGACCUGACCGGAGCCAAGCCGGUGACCACCCCCCGCCGGCGCAGCAAGCAGCCGCGGCGGGCGCUGCCGCUGGGCCUGCAGCUCCCGGCCGACGAGUACAUAGCCAGCGCCGACGAGGACGAGGACGCCGCCGCCGGCACGGAGCUGGAGCUGACGCUCGCCGUCGGCGGGCGCUGCUCACCCGCCGGCCGUCGCAAGAGCGACAGGAGGAGGAGGAGGCAAGCAGCAGAGCCUCGCGACGACGCCGGCGCCGUCUCCUCCCCCUUCGGGCCCGACUGCUCCGGCGCGAGCGUCCUAUCGUCGCCUUCGUCGGCCGAGUACUGCUCCGAUGACGGGCCUGCGGCAGCAUUCCACGUUCCGCCGCCGCCGUGCCAGAGGGCCGUGGCGUUUGACCUUGAAGAAAGCAUGAUGAUGCGGCAGCACGCGCCGUGGCUGCUGCAGUGCCGGCAGUACCUCACCCUGAGGAUGACAUGAAACCCUGCAGGCUGCUGCAGCAAGCUGCAGCUCGCCGUCCAUGUCCAUCGAUCAAUCAAUCACAUUGUACCUGGUUUGCGUUGUGUUGUAGAAGCAGUAGCCACUAGUUUUUUGUUUUGUUUGUUUUUGCUAUGUCCUAGGUGGCGCUUGUGUCCUAAUAAUCCUGAUCCAAAGAUGCUAAUUGAUCAUGACUAAUGAGUGCAUCCUGAUUGAUUAAUAAUGUUCAAACUAGUGCUGAUUCAGGAGUAAUAAUAUUGCCACUAUUCAUUCAAAAUUCUUGGCAUUCUUUAGACUAUCUCUAACAACUUACUUAUUUACAUCUUUUAUUUCAAACUAUAUUGUUUCAAGCAGCUUAGGUAGUGUUUGGUUACUAGGUGUUAAAGAUAGAAGUAAAUCAUCUAUACAUAGAAUGCUUGCAUGCAUUCUUUCCUUAGUUCGCCUGCGUCCCUGUAAUUUCGUCCCUGUAAUUUGGCUUGCCAAUUCUGCAUGCAUGUAAUCUGUAUAUAUAUAAGAGAAUGACAGCAGUCUGUGCGGUAGCACAUUACGUCU